AAACAAAUUACAUUGCAACAUGGCAACAGAUUCUAUGGAAAUUGAUGAUGCUUUAUACAGUCGCCAGAGAUAUGUGCUUGGAGACACAGCAAUGCAGAAGAUGGCUCAGUCCCAUGUGUUCCUGAGUGGUAUAGGUGGUCUUGGUGUGGAGAUUGCCAAAAAUAUAAUACUAGCUGGGGUAAAGGCUCUUACAGUUCAUGACACCAAGCAGUGUACAAAAUGGGAUUUAGGGAUCAACUUCUUCAUCCGUGAAGAUGAUGUUACCAAUCAGAAGAACAGGGCUGAGGCCACACUUCAUCACAUUGCAGAACUCAAUCCGUAUGUCCAUGUGGCAGCAUCAACUAUGCCGCUGGAUGAAACCACAGAUCUGUCUUUCCUAAAGCAAUACCAGUGUGUCAUUUUGACUGAAGCAAGCCUGUUGCUGCAGAAGAAGAUUAAUGACUUUUGUCAUGCUCAGCAGCCACCUAUUAAGUUCAUCAGUGCAGACGUGUAUGGAAUAUGUUCGCGUUUGUUUUGUGACUUUGGUGAUGAAUUUGAAGUGCUGGAUACUACAGGAGAAGAGCCAAAGGAAAUCUUCAUUUCAAACAUCACACAAUCAAAUCCCGGGAUUGUCACUUGUCUUGAAAAUCAUCCGCACAGGCUUGAAACAGGGCAGUUCUUAACCUUCCGGGAAGUUAAUGGAAUGUCAUGUUUAAAUGGAUCCACACACCAAAUAACAGUGGUGUCGCCUUAUUCCUUCAGCAUUGGUGAUACGACAGAUAUGGAGCCUUACUUACAUGGAGGCAUAGCUAUUCAAGUGAAGACACCCAAGAUGUUUUACUUUGAACGGUUAGAGAAGCAGCUAACUAAUCCAGCAUGCCUCGUGGCAGAUUAUAGCAAGCCUGAGGCCCCCCUGCAGAUCCACAUUGCCAUGCUUGCAUUGAACCACUUCCAAGAGAGCUUUGGCCGCCUCCCGAACAUUGGAUGCCUUCAGGAUGCUGAGGAGAUGCUGAAAAUAGCCAUGUCUUUAAGUGAAACACUGGAAAGCAGGCCUCAGGUGAAUGGAGAUGUGGUGAAAUGGCUCUCUAGGACUGCUCAGGGAUUUCUAGCUCCUCUGGCUGCAGCAGUGGGUGGUGUUGCUAGCCAGGAAGUCUUGAAAGCAGUAACAGGAAAAUUUUCACCGUUGCAACAAUGGCUAUAUAUAGAUAUGUUAGACAUUGUUACGCCGCUAGAAAAGACAAACUGUGAAGAAUUUCUCCCACGGGGAGAUAGAUACGAUGCCUUGAGGGCUUGCAUUGGAGACUCUCUGUGCCAGAAGCUGCACGAUUUAAAUGUUUUCUUGGUUGGCUGUGGAGCAAUAGGCUGUGAAAUGUUAAAAAAUUUUGCACUUCUCGGUGUUGGUACUGGGCAAGACAAAGGAUUGGUUACAAUUACAGAUCCAGACUUGAUAGAGAAAUCCAACCUCAACAGGCAGUUUCUUUUUCGACCUCAUCAUAUACAGAAACCUAAAAGUUAUACGGCAGCAGAAGCAACUCUGAACAUCAACCCUCACUUAAAGAUUGACUCAUAUAUUAAUAAAGUUUGUCCAGCCACUGAGAACACUUACAGCGAUGAAUUCUACACCAAGCAAGAUGUGAUUGUGACAGCUUUGGACAAUGUUGAAGCGAGAAGAUACAUUGAUAGCCGCUGUGUAGCGAACCUGCGUCCCCUUAUAGACUCCGGGACGAUGGGAACUAAAGGACACACAGAAGUUAUCGUGCCUCAUCUGACAGAAUCCUAUAACAGUCAUCGGGAUCCACCAGAGGAAGAAAUACCUUUUUGCACCUUGAAGUCUUUCCCAGCUGCAAUUGAGCAUACGAUACAGUGGGCAAGAGAUAAGUUUGAAAGCGCAUUUUCUCACAAGCCUUCCUUGUUUAACAAAUUCUGGCAAACCUAUCAGUCUGCAGAAGAAGUUUUACAGAGAAUAAAAUCAGGAGAGAGUUUAGAAGGCUGUUUUCAUGUUAUUAAAACACUUGGUAGGAGACCCCGAAACUGGACGCAGUGUGUGGAAUUAGCAAGAGUAAAAUUUGAGAAAUAUUUUAGCCAUAAGGCUCUUCAGCUCCUUCAUUCCUUUCCCCUUGAUACGCGAUUAAAAGAUGGAAGUUUGUUUUGGCAGUCGCCAAAAAGGCCACCUUUUCCAGUGAAGUUUGAAUUUAGCAAUCCCUUGCACUAUGCGUUCAUUGUGAGUGCAGCAAAGCUCUUUGCAACAGUGUACUGUGUUCCUUUCACAGAAAAGGAUUUGUCAGAAGAAGUUAUUUUGAAGGUAAUUUCAGCUGUAAAGGUACCAGAGUUCAGACCCUCCAAUAAAGUUGUGCAGACAGAUGAAGCUGCAAGGAAACCAGACCAUAUUCCAGUCAGCAGUGAAGAUGAAAGAAAUGCUAUUUUCCAGCUGGAGAAGUCUAUACUGUCCAAUGAAACUUUGGAAAGCGACUUGCAGAUGAAGCCCAUCUCCUUUGAGAAGGAUGACGACAGUAACGGGCACAUAGACUUCAUAACGGCCGCGUCCAACCUGCGAGCCAAGAUGUACAACAUCGAACCGGCAGACCGCUUCAAAACAAAGCGCAUCGCUGGCAAGAUCAUCCCCGCGAUCGCGACGGCCACCGCGGCAGUGUCGGGACUGGUUGCGCUGGAGCUCAUCAAAGUCGUGGGGGGCUAUGCCGCCGAGGCGUACAAGAACUGUUUUCUGAAUUUAGCCAUUCCGAUAAUAGUCUUCACAGAAACUGCUGAAGUAAGAAGAACUGAAAUAAGAAAUGGGAUAUCAUUUACAAUCUGGGACAGGUGGACCAUUUAUGGGAAAGAGGAUUUUACUCUCUUGGACUUCAUCAAUGCUGUCAGAGAGAAAUACGGAAUCGAACCCACUAUGGUUGUACAGGGAGUCAAAAUGCUUUAUGUUCCUGUGAUGCCAGGUCAUAUUAAAAGAUUAAAGCUGACGAUGCAAAAGCUUGUGAAACCAUCUGCUGAUAAGAAGUACGUGGAUUUGACGGUAUCGUUUGCUCCAGAGACCGAUGGAGAUGAAGACUUGCCAGGGCCACCAGUGAGAUACUACUUUGUUCAGGAAGAAAAUUGAUGUCACUCCAAAAAGUCACUCCAGGACCAUUUGUUUUGAAGGGAGUGUGCUAAUUUUCAGCUAUUAAAGGUGGUACUAUAUAUUUCUUUUUGGUGAAGCCUUAAUUAAAACAAACGGUGAAAGUCAGUGGCUUGCACCGAAGACAAACUGGAUUUAUGUUUCAUCUGCUCCUGCUUUCUUCAUGCCUGUUUCCUCAAAAGGAUGAUUGGCCAUUCCAUGAAAUGGGAUGUCCAGUACAGUCCUUACGAUAAAGACAAGAUUUGUAUUAAUUUAUGGGAAGCUGAAGAAGAAAAUAAUUUAUUAGGUUCACCCUUCUUCUUAUCCCCGCGUGCAAAUUAAGCGUUGAAGGAGUGAAGUGCAAAAUUGGGGAAACUGCUGUUUUAUGAUAUUUCUGGUGUUCCGAGAACAUCUUAAAUCCAUAUGCUGUAUCCUUCUAAAACUAGAAUUUCAGCCUUGCCAUCUACACGUGAGAAAUAAUCCAUCCAAAUGUCUAAAAGUGGCACUGGGAAGCAGAUGAACCGUACUCAUAGCAAAGCUCAAUGUUAGAGCAGCUCUUAUGUGAGCCUUAACAUGGAAGUGCUGAGGACAGGUCUUGUGCAACAAGAUUUAAAUUGCCACAGCUCCCCUGAAGCCAAGCAAGCCGUGCUAACUAACUGCAAAGAAUCUGUUUAAUUGGAAAUAAUUAAGGAUUAAUUUUGCUGCUGUGUUGAGGAAGAAGUAUCUCUGUCACAGUACAGAAGUAUCUGUGACAACACCUGAUUUUUU